AUGGCCUUGUGUUUGCAGAAGCGGACCAAAGAGGAGGCUUUCGCUCGUUUCAAGGAGCUCGUGAGCAAACUGCAUCCUGGUUUCCUGAGAACAAAUGGCUCCAUGGCCGAGCCUGUGGACAUGGCUGUUUGUGCCGUGUUCGAGAUGCUCAAGAAGAAGAGUAAGGUCCUGACCGACCACCUGCACAGGGUGGACAUGCAUUUCUAUUUGACAGGAUUCAUGCCUGGCUGGUUCUUGUCGAUGUUCGCCUCGGAGUUUGCUUUGCCGGCAAGCGAGCAUCUCUGCAACCGCCUUCUUGAAGGCGAUGCCAUCGAUCGCCUGGUGCCGCAAUUGGUCGCAGCUGCCAUCCUCCGUUCAGCGACGGAGAUCGUGAAGCUCGAGGACGCCGACGACUUGAUUCGCGUCCUGAAAGGUUCGCUCUCGGAGGUCAGGACCGGGAAGGAUCUGGAGGCUCUCGUGAAGGAGAUCGAGGAGCCCAUGGAGCCGAUCCCAACAGUGGAAGUGGCAGAAGUGGGAGGCUUCCUCGCCCUGAAGAGUCUGGGGCCGACCUCGGCCAGCGUGGAGACUGGGACUGGGAGGGCAAAGCCAAAGCACACAAAACGGCCCGGCUCGGGCCGAAGCCUCUUGUUGCCCCUCACGGUCUUCUUCGUCCAGUCGACCUUUGUAUCCUUCGCUCGCCGCCAGGGACUGGGACUCCAGGGAUCCCCGUUGCCUUCGGCUUUGCCUUCUUUGCCAGUCACCAAAGGAUUCACUCCAACAUCGCCACGAGCUGCGUUGCUGCGGGUGCAGGAAAUCGCGGACAGUCCCAAGAAAGUGCGAAUGCUUCGCCCUGCCAAGCAGCCAGACAAGAGCCUGAUGAAGCGAAAGAUCGCAGCGACAACCAAAGCGCUGGAAGAGGUCCGCAAAGUCCGGGCCCAGCAGCGCGAACGCCAUAUCGAGCUGGGCUUGCCCAUCGUUUCCCUCGUCGGCUACACGAACGCCGGAAAGUCGACACUGAUGAAUGCACUGGCGCAGCAAGUCGAGGUGAAGGCCAAGGAUCGCCUCUUUGAGACGCUGGAUCCCACACGGCGCUCUGUGACACUACCAGGCGGUCGUCAGAUCAUGCUUGCAGACACAGUCGGCUUCAUCCAGAGGCUUCCUGAGCAGCUCGUAGCCGGAUUUCGUGCCACCUUGGAGGAGGUGGUGGAGACAACUCUGAUCCUACACGUGGUCGACGUGUCCUCUCCAAUGGCUGCUCAGCAGAUCGCCAGUGUUCUGAAAACGCUCAAGCGCCUGCGGAAGUUCAAGCCGACAACGCCGCAAAUCAUGGUCUACAACAAGGUGGACCGGCUAGAAGGUGACCAAGCGGAGCAGCUAGAGCAAAGUCUGAGCUAUCCCGACCCUGGCAUUGUCGGCCAUGUGCAGAUCUCGGCGCUGAAGGGAACAGGCUUCACGGCCUUGUCUGAGGCUAUUGAGGAGACCCUCAUGAAGCAUACAGACUUUGGUGCUGCAAGCAUGAGACUUCUGAUCCCUUACACGGACUCUGCCGUCUACGCGAAGAUGAAGUCUGGUGACAGCCAGGUGAAGAUCAACUCGGAGGCGCACACCUCGGAUGGCUAUUUGCUCGAGGUAACAGCAUCGACGACUGCGGAGCGGAUGCUGAAGUCCUUCGAGGUCAGUGAGGAGGACUACGAGAUCAUAGCUGAAAUGUGA